AUGUUCCGAACAGUUUCUCCCUUAGCCAACUUUAUUUUUCGUUCUAAUACGUUAUUAUAUCAUUACCGAAAUUUAGCUAAUCUCACUUCUCCGAAAUCAAUCCAAGAUACAAAUCAAUCAUCAUCAAUAAAAGAAAAUAAUGAAUGGCUUUGGGAAUAUUUACGGCAUCGUCAAUCCUAUCAAUCAUUGAAUAAUGAACAAAAACGUCAAGUAAUUUUACUUGAAAUUCAAACACUACGUGAAAGUGGUGAACGUGUACCUGAUAAUGUUCCCGAAGAAUAUUGGCCUGAAUUAGUAUCAUCUCCGUUAUUAAAUAAUCGUAAAUCAAUAUACAAUUAUCUUUUUGUUCGUGAAGUAUCUAAACGAAAACGAAUAGCUGAAAAAGCUGCUGUUCAAGAGCGACGUAUUAAAAAUGCUGAACGUCAUGUUGAAUUAGCUGAAGCUGGUCUUCCAUUAUCAAAUUAUCCCGGUUAUCAUUCAAUGUUUCGUCAAAUAAGUGGUGGUCAUACCGAACGUUAUUUACGUGAUAAUAAAUUAAUCGUUCAAGCUCGUCUUAAUGAACAUGUUCUUGUUGAUUGUGGUUAUGAAGUUGACCAUGCUCGAUCUAAAUAUACAUCAAAAUUAGUUGAUCAAAUUGAAUUUUUCUUUGCUAAUAUACAUGCAUAUCAUUCACCAUCAUUUGUAACACUAUGUAAUUUUGCUACUGAUGGACAACUUCAACAAGAAUUUUCUCGACGUCAAAGUCAAAAACGUAGUAUAAAUUGUUUUCAAACAACGGAAGCAAAUUAUUUAGAUUUAGUUGAUAAAGAAAAUUUAAUUUAUUUAUCACCACAUAGUCCAUAUGAAAUGUCAGAAUAUAAUCAUAAUGCUGUAUAUAUUAUUGGUGCUAUUAUUGAUACUGGACUUGGUGGACGACCUAUAUCAUUAGCAAAAGCGAAAAGAGAUAAUAUAAAACAUCAGAGAUUACCAUUAGAACGAUAUUUAAAAUUCGGUAGUAAUGCUAAUCGUUCAUUAUCAUUAGAUAAAAUUUAUAAUAUUUUAAUGGCAUUAAAACAUGGACACUCAUGGGCUGACGCAUUUCAAGCUAUUCCAGAUCGAAAAGUUGCUGAACGUUUUAAACAGCCGCGAUUGGGUAGAAAUGAAUCCGAACGUUGGGGAAAAUGGGCAGGUAUUCGAAAAGAUUCAGUAUAA